AGGUCACCUAGCAUCAGACUAGUUUCUUCCACCCCACCGAUGUCGCACGAGGUGCUUUGCAAAGCUGAGAGCAGUUUGUUGAAGGGAGAUUAGACGGCUGAGCUGUUUGCGUGAGAAAGUGUAAACGCUGACACUAUUUUUAUUUAUUUAUUAUUCCUUCAUUCUAUACGCGGGGGCGACUUUGGCCUCCACCAUUGUUCCUUCAUUGCGGCCAACAACAAAGAAAGCCAAAUUCAAGUUGUGGCGUCACUUCUCUCUAUAUAAAAAAACCGUUUCUCAAUGUGGCAGCGUUACGCACCACCUCAGCGACUACGAGUGCGGUGCUUCCUUCUGCUCAUCCUUUUUCUUCUCAGUCAUAACGCCAAGGAUGACAUCGUCGUGCUCGCUCCUCGUUUUGGCGGUGUUUGGUGGGUGCCAGGCCAGAAAACGGCCUCCCCCUCCGCUACUCACGCCGUCGCCUCCCACGCAACGAACAGUAGUGGUGGGGGUUUUCCACGCGUCCUCUUUGCUGCUGCUGCCGUCCUCAGCACCGCUUCUCAACAAGCCAACACUCCAACAAGUCGCAUUUACCCCCCGGAGAAAACGAAAUUUAGCUAUGACGCCGACUUGAAGCCGACGAUGCUGCCAUGGCGUGCGCUCCGCCUGACGUUGCGGCAGGCAGGCUGCUUCACAACGCGUGCCUUGCCGCGCUUAACGGACCUCCCUGAUGCAGUGGCCAGCAGCGGAGGAGGACGUGCGGAGACUGCGCUGGUCAACCGCACCGACCCCGCUGUUUCUCCGCUCACCCUGCGGGCUGUGUGUCGCCGGCCGAUUGUGCUCGUCAGCGGCCGCUCACGCGGCUGUGUCAGCUGCAACCACUUCGCCAACGAAGUGCUGAGCCGCUACGCCGCUGAGUGGGCCUUCAUCCAUGCCCACGUGACCGUCGUCGACGCCGGCGACCCGAUGACGGAGCAGCUGGUGCGGUACCCCUACCCGCUGUGGUACGACGCGGAGGCCCUGGAGAAGGAGUUGGUCUUGACACCGCAUUUUAACGCAUCCGCAGCGGCUGCCAACUGCACCAAACGUGAUGAGGCGCGCACACAGUUCGCGAACGUCGAUGGCAGGCGAGAUGGUGCGGUGGGAGAGGGCAGUGCGGUGUGCAGCCCACACGCCGAGCAACUAGCGGAAGCGGCGGCAGACCACGCGCUCUUCACCGCCAGCCUCCGUCAGAAGGCUGCGUUGCUCGUCAAGGCACCUGUAGCCCAAGCUGGCCAUCAGUGGUCCCACCUGGUGCAGCACACCUUUGCGAACCCGAAUGAGUACGUGCUGCGCAUUAUCUUCAUGUACCCCCACAACGGCAGCGUUAUGCGAGAUGUGGUGAACGAGGGCAUAUUUGACGGCAGCUCGCCCGAUUACCUUCACUUUUACACGAGUGCAACGCAUUUCUUCAGCGCAGUGAAGAAGGCGGUGCGGGUGAUGGACUGGUUGGAGCACUUUGGCGAUUACUGA